GGUAGGAGGGGCAGCUAACAAGUGGACAGCGUUCAUUCCUCCAGCAGCAGUCAGUCGCACUGUGCACCUCCUGCACCAAGAACUCACUUUUCAGUAGCUCAAGGAAGUUUUACAUUUUCAUGGAGGGCUGGAUCACCUGUGGACUUUGGCUGAUCGCCUUUCUCUCUAGAUGUGGGCGACUGUCGGCUUUCAACUUGGACACCGAGAAUGUCCUGCAGAAGACCGGAGACCCCGGGAGCCUGUUCGGCUUCUCUCUCGCCAUGCACCGGCAGCUCACACCGGUGGAUAAGAGAUUACUCCUGGUUGGCGCCCCAAGAGCAAACGCCUUGAAAGGUCAAAAAUCUAAAGUGACAGGAGGACUCUACAACUGUGACAUGAGCUCCACCUCCAAUCAUUGCACGAGGGUUGUCUUUGAUAAUGAUGAGGAUACGGGCAAGGAGAGCAAAGAAAACCAGUGGAUGGGAGUGACAGUCAAAAGUCAGGGUCCAGGAGGCCAGAUUGUGGUCUGUGCUCAUCGCUACCAGCGCCGGGACAAUGUGGGCAAACAGCUGGAAACUCGUGACAUCAUCGGGCGCUGCUAUGUGCUGAGUCAAAAAUUAACAAUCGAUCCUACACAGCCUGAUGGAGAAGGAGGUAGCUGGCUUUUUUGUGACCAGAGGCCCAGAGGCCAUGAGAUGUUUGGCACCUGCCAGCAGGGCCUCUCUGCUACAUUUGACAAGGACUACCACUACCUCAUCUUUGGGGCUCCCGGAGCUUACAACUGGAAAGGUAUAGUACGCAUGGAGCAAAAAAAUGACUCUUUCAUAGACAUGGGCAUCUUUGUUGAUGGCCCAUAUGAAGUAGGAGAUGAGAACCAAAGGAACCCUGACCUGAUCCCUGCUCCUCCCAGUAGCUACCUGGGCUUCUCCCUGGACUCAGGUAAAAGUUUGACUAUGAAAGGCCAGCUAACAGUGGUGGCAGGAGCUCCUAGAGCGAACCACAGUGGAGCGGUGGUACUUCUAAAGAAAGGCGGUGCUAAGAAAAAAAUCUUACUUGAAGAGUACAUACUGGAAGGGGAGGGAUUGUCCUCAUCUUUUGGCUAUGAUCUCACUGUGCUGGACCUCAACAAGGAUGGCUGGGAGGACAUAGUGGUGGGAGCACCUCAGUAUUUUGAGAAAGAUGGAGAAAUUGGAGGCGCUGUCUACGUCUACAUCAACAAAGCUGGAAAGUGGAACAAUGUCAAACCCACCAGAAUAGAUGGACCCCAGGACUCUAUGUUUGGCCUGGCAGUAGAAAACCUGGGAGAUAUUAAUCAGGAUGGUUAUGAUGAUUUUGCAGUGGGAGCUCCUUAUGAAGAUAAGGGCAUAGGGAAGGUUUACAUCUACUAUGGAUCAGCCACAGAACAAAUCUCUACAAAAGCCUCACAGGUGCUGUCUGCCCCUCCCGGAGUGAAACUGUUCGGCUACUCUUUGGCAGGCAACAUGGAUUUGGAUUACAACUCCUACCCUGACCUGGCUGUCGGCUCCCUCUCGGAUGCUGUCUUUGUCUACAGAGCCCGUCCAGUUAUUGACAUCAAGAAGGAAAUCACGAUCUCACCAGAGGAGAUCGAUCUCACCAAGAGGAACUGUGGCAAUAAGUUCUGCUUGACUAUUACUGCAUGCUUCUCCUACUCUGCCAAUCCUGAGAGUUAUGCUCCCAGACUGGAGGUGAAAUACAACCUUACAGCAGACGGUGAAAACAGGAAGAAUAAUCUUAAAGCCAGGGCAGCCUUCACUGACUCCUCAUCUAGCAAUAGCUAUGAAUCCACGGGGACCAUCACUUUGGACCGCAAAGGAAAGACACAGUGCAUUCAACGUCAACUCGCCAUACAGGAUACUAUUCGAGACAAGCUACAUGGGAUCCCCAUUGAUGUGUCUGUGGAAAUCAUUGGUGGCAAACGUAAGCGUAGACAGAGCUCAAGUCCUGAGCUGCAGCCUGUCCUGGACGCCGAAGGGUCAAAGCCAGCUCGAUCAGUGGUAGAGUUCAUGAAGGAGGGUUGUGGUUCUGACAAAAUGUGUCAGAGCAAUUUGCAGAUGAAAUAUCGCUAUGGCCACUGGGACGCUAACGGUGAAAUGUUCUCUCCUUUAGACAAGGAAAAUGGAGUGCCGGUGCUCUCACUCAGUAACCAGAAGGAAAUCGCUUUGGAGGUCAGCGUGACCAAUCCAGGUGGGGAUGAUGCAUACGAAGCCUCCGUGAACGCCUCCUUUCCUCGCUCCCUAACUUACUCCGCUAUCCGCCCCCAGUCUAAGUUUAACUGCCAAGCCAAUAAAGAUGGUUCUCAGGUCAACUGUGAGCUGGGAAAUCCCUUCAAACGUGAUUCAGAGGCCACCUUCUACAUUAUUUUGGGUACGUCUGGCAUCUCGCUCAACAACUCUGAACUAGAGGUUAAUCUUCAACUAGACACAACAAGCAAACAGCAGAUAGCCCCGGUCAAAGCAAAGAUAAAGGUGGCCGUGGUGUUGCAGCUCUCCGUGUCAGGACAAGUCCAGCCAUCUCAGGUCUACUUUACAGGAGCUAUUGUAGGUGAGGCCGCCAUGAAAUCGGAAAGUGAAAUCGGCAGUGCCAUCACACACAACUUCAGAAUAAUCAACUUGGGAAGGCGUUUGACUGACUUUGGGACCGCCACUCUCGAAAUUGACUGGCCAAAGGAGUCAGCGGAGGGGAAGUGGUUGCUCUACCUGAUGAACAUCAGCACCAAAGGGGUGGAUCAGAUAGAGUGCACGCCUAAAAGCGAGAUCAACCCUCUUAAUAUAGAAGCAAUUAGCACUAGGAUGAGGAGAGCAGCCUCAAAUGCCAAGGGGAGUGACGAGGGCACUAUUUCACGCUUAAUUGAGAACAAGAAAUCAGAAACUCUGGAUUGCCAAAAUGGGGCAAACUGUGUGAAGAUAAGGUGCCCCCUGCGGGGCCUGGACAGUAAUGCAGCCAUCAUCCUUCACUCUCGCCUCUGGAACAGCACCUUCCUAGAGAAGUAUACCGAUUUUCAUCAUGUGGAGGUGAAAGUCAAGGCCUCUCUGAACCUCGUUAGUUCAUCCAAGAACACCGUUCUGGAAAAUGCUCAUACAGAGGCGAGACUGACAGUGUUCCCAGAGAGGCGUGAAGCUCGGCAUGGGGGAGUGCCGUGGUGGAUCAUCGUGCUGUCCAUCCUGUUUGGGCUACUAUUGUUGGCCCUGUUGGCUUUCCUUCUUUGGAAGUGUGGUUUUUUUAAACGUGCCAAAUAUGAAGACAAGGUUCCCAGUUACAGCGCAGUUCGGAUCAAACGGGAGGAGAGAGCGGUAAACCCUGGAAAUGCUAACUGGGAAAACCUGGAAAAGAAGCCCUGGAUGACAACCUGGCAUGACAAUGAACACUAUUCUUAACCAAUGAAACACCACUGAUUUACUGUCGCUUACUGAUGAACUCCAGUUUCAUAAAUUUCUGCUGCAUGUUCAAAAAACACCACACAUACUGGAUCAAACACUGUGCUUCAGGGGUUGAUUUGAUCUUGAAUAAGUCUGUAUGAAUCACUGGAGGAGAGAUGCUGUGUGGGAGAUGGUCCAGCACAACUGUCAGAGCUUUGGAGUUUCUGUUGUUGAAAUUCAGUGUUGGGGUUAAAGUGUUUCUGAAUGUAUUGUCCUUUUCUGUUUUGCAUAAUUUGGUAUUUAUUCCCGCGAGGACUGUUACAUGCUGUACGACCAAAGAGUCACACAGUGCAUACAGGGGAGGGCUUUUUUUUUUUUCCCUCCCCCCUUUUUAAACUAAGUGUGUUUUAGCUUCCCAGGUUUUUCCAAUGUAGCGUGCUUCUGCCUUUAAAGUUGAAGCCAUGCACAGAUACUGCAGCUUUCUUUGCAGCUGUCGAGCACUUGGACUGUAAAUAGCCACUGCACAAUUCAUUGUUUAAAAUUACUAGCGACAAUAAGAGAAGCCUGAUGACAAAUAAAUGUUUUUUUUUUUAAAUA